GAGAGAAGUAAACACAUACGUAACCUCGGCUUUGACUGCGUGAGGAGAGGCGUCUGCAGCAGGCAAGGAGGACCCGGCACAUGAAAAUGAAGAGUAGCAUUGUUAAAUCACUUCUACGGUGUCAAAAUGGUAUGCUGCGUCCGAGUAUAUGUCGCCUUACGACAUCAAGCUCCACAGGAGGUGGGGCACAAGCUCAGCCAAAGCAUGAUGUACAGGAUAGCUCUUCACCAAAGACUGGUAUCCUCAUGUUGAACAUGGGAGGUCCACAGACCACAGAUGAAGUUCACGAAUUUUUGCUUCGCCUCUUCAAGGAUCGUGACAUUAUUCAGCUGCCAUUCCAAGAUUACAUGGGACAUGGAUUUGAACAAAAGAAGAAAGAACACCUGAUAUUCAGAAAAAGGAUGAGUUUGAGACUGGACAAUUCGCCUUACUCAUCACAUUCCACACAGCAAAAGAAUGUAAAGCAUAAAGUUUUGAAUCCCUAUGAAGACAAAGCCAAAAAUUCAGGUUUAAAAACCAUACAAGUUGGGCGUGGUGAUCCCUAUUCUGCUGAGGUUGGUGCUACAGUACAGCUUGUUAUGCAGGAACUUGGAUUUACAAAUCCAUAUCGUUUGGUAUGGCAAAGUAAAGUAGGGCCUCUUCCAUGGCUGACUCCAGCUACAGAUGAUGCAAUUAAAGGUCUUGUGCAAAGAGGAAGGAAGAACAUGAUCUUAGUCCCAAUAGCAUUCACGAACGAGCACAUAGAAACCCUGCAUGAGAUGGAUAUUGAGUAUGCUGAAGAUCUUGGAAAAGAGGUUGGAGCUGAGUGCAUACGCCGAUGUGCAUCACCUAACGACCAUCCCUUCUUCAUUGAUGCCCUUGUUGAUGUGGUCAGCAAGCACCUACAAGAAGGUCAUAGGUGCUCGGAACAGUUCCUCCACAAUUGUCCUUUGUGUGUAAACCCAUCGUGUUAUGCUUCCAAGAAGUGGUUUAGAUAUACCACCAAAAAGUUUUAAGGUUUAUUAAAAAAGAGAAGAAAGAAUUAAAGAUAGAGGAAUUGCAUACUAAAAGAUUAAUGCAAAAUAUGUAGAACAAUAUAGAAGAGGUGGGUAAUUGGUUUUAUGUAUUAUAUAUGGCAAACUAUUUUCUUGACUUGACCCUGUUUUUUUGGAAUAUCUUUUUUAUCAUAUUUAAAAAUCAGAUUUGCAUUUAUUUAUUUCAAAUCUCAUAUAAAAGUAGACAGAAAGAUGAUACAGAAAAGGAGCCAAAGAGCCAAAAGUGAAGAUUGUGCAAGUAAUCAGCUUAUUAUGAAUUACCAGUGAAUGUAAAUUGUAUGCAAAUUACCCCUAAUUGUUAACAUUGAAAAUGCGCUUUUAUAUAGCCAUAAUUCAGGUUCAUUAUUAUGCAACCAUUGAGAAAAUACACAACCAUAGUAUUUAUUUACAAGACCUUCACUAAGUGAUAAAACUUGAUUAGAACAAAAACAAAAAUGUUUAGGCCCUAAUCCAGAUAUGCCAGGAGGAUAAAUGGCUUAACAAUGUGUGUAAUAGGCAGAAUAGUACCAAAGCAGAGGCAUACUACUACUUAAUGUGAUUGUAAAAUUUUGUCUUCAAAUGAUGUGAGAAAUCAUUUGUAGGAACUGGCUGUUCAUUUUUUAAUUCAUCUUUAGUUUGAAUACUGUGGUUAUGGGGUAUGAUACUUUUAAUGUUUCAUUGUUACUAUCAGUUUUUUUUACAUCAUUUUCAUAUCAUUUACUUGUGUUGUAUUUUCAUCUUAAUUGGCCUAGUUCAACCUUUUGUGUAGUAAGGAGCACAAAAUCUUAAUAUAAAGAUAAAAUCUUGAUAUAAAGAUGAGUAAAUAAUGACAUUUUUUCCUUCAAACUGUCUUAGCUUCUUCUAGUUAAAGCCACAGAACAAAAGAAUUCAGACAGACUUAUGACACUAAUUAUAGAUAAUUCUGCUGAAGAGGUGAAGGACUGCAAGCUCAUCUCGAUAUCUCCCACAUUGUAGCUUCCAGUAUUAUGAGUAUUUAUUGUUGCACAGUAACCCACUGGAUCCGGGUGACUUGACAAUCACAUCAUGAAAAAUUUUGGUUGUGGGCCAGGUUGAUGAGAAUGCCUCCUUUAAAUUUGACUGAGGGUCAGAGUGACAGGAAUGUCUGAUCAGGAUUGCACAAAGAUCUUGGAAGGUGAUUUGACCGUGGGCAUUUAGAAAGCUCCUCUUACAUUUCCACCAGUUAAACAAAGGGGAAAUGUACCACCAAUGACCCUAUUCCUGCCCACCAUGGUUGGCUUUGCAGGGUGUGUAAAAGAAAAUUGAAUGUUACAAAAAUAUUUUCAAAUGACAGUUACCUAUUGUAAUUGUUAUUGCAGAGUUGUAGGCAACCAACAGAGAUAAAUUGAAGCCUGAUCAGGGAAAACACAUUGUUAUCACAUUAAUAUUUGUCUUUAUGCUAAAUCAGACUAUAGAAAACAGUCAAACUGCAAAAUAUGUAAAAAAAAAAAAAAAAUAAAAUAAAAAAUAAAAA